GUCGUUCAAGAUUAGUUCGUUCGAGAUCGGUCAUUUUGUGCUCAGUCUAACUUUGUUAUUCAUACUUAGUUCGAGUUAAUAAUAAAAUGUUCAACAAGUGAACAUUUUUUGGUAGCAGGGCGAGGUUUUUCAUCACGGUUCAGCGUGGUUAUUAUCACGGAUCUUCGAGGUUAGCGUUAAAUCAAUGGAUGUAAAUACGGGCGGAAAUUUGGGUAGAGUUGCGGAUGAAACUACGGGCGAGGAUAAGGAACUUAUCAAGAGCUUAAAGCAGGACAAAGCAAGGACUAAAUCGGCAUUUAUCAGGAUAGAGAAAAAAGCUGCUGCACCUUAUAGACGAGGAAGAUUAUCCACGUCGGCGGGAAGUUAGAGAAGUUUGUUAAAAACUUAGUGUCGCGCAGGAACGCGCUAAGAAGACAAUGUCGUGACUGUCGUCGGACGAGUGUUUACACCUUGAUGAAAAGGACAAACGCAGGAAACUUGGAGAAGAAAUGGAAGAACUGAAAAUGGAAUUUUCGGGAGCGAAAGAAAAGGCUAAUGAAUAUUUGGAAAGUUGUAAGGACGAAAUCUUAAGUUUGCAACUGAUGCUUCAGAAGAGACUCGCCUUCGUCGAAUCGAAGAAAGAGUGGCGCAUAAGAGUGUGGAGAAAUUUGUAGAGGACAAAUUCCAUUCCUGUCUUAAGUGGAGAUAAACGACAGUAUGAAGGGUGGAAAGAGCAACCACAACAGACUGUUACACAACGAUAUGCGGCCAACCAAUCACAUUGAGCAAACAGAUAAUCGCCAGUCGAUGGAUCGUGGUGAAGAAGAUGGGGGUCAAAAUGAAAGAGAAGCUGAUACUAUUGGCCAGGAAAGAAGUCCACUGGUUAAUUCUUCUCCCUAGGUCACGGAAGAGUAAAUAUUGGAAAGGAAACGCACUACCACAACAGUUUCUGCACCCGCCGAUCGCGUAAUAAUCGUAGCAUUGCGCACAGUACCAGUGAUUCUGAAGUAUGGUAAUCGGAGAAUUAAAGUGAAUGCAUUACUAGACGAGGCAUCUACAAAGACUUAUAUAUAUGCCGACGUAGCAGCUGAAUAAGGUCUCCAUGGGCAACCCUAGAAAGUAACUGUAAACAUUCUCAAUGGUCAAACAGAAACGUUCGAGAUUACGCCAGUAGAAUUAGAACUUGAAAGCUUAGAUGGAAACGUGAAGACGAAGCUAAGUGCGUUUACUUCAGAGAGAGUCACAGGAGACGUGGAAGUGAUGAGUUGGAAGAAACAUGCAGUGAAGUGGAGUCACCUGACAUUGAUACAGUUUUCAAAUCUUGGUAUUCGCUCCAUAAUGGAUUUGCUGAUUGGAGUCGACUACGCCGAGCUACACUUCUCAUUUAAUGACAUUCGAGGAAAUCCCGGCGAGCCGGUGGCUAGACUAACCCACUCAGGAUGGAGCUGCACCGGACCUGUUAGUGGCUUGAAACGUGGUAGCUAGGGGAGAGAGUGCCGACACAAACGAAAUCAGAAGAUUACUUCAUGAGUCCUGAAGACCAAUGUGCACUAGAGAAAGUCGAGAAGUCUCUUAAGAACGUGGAUGGUAGAUAUCAAGUGGGAAUUCCAUGGAAGGAAGACAAUCCAAUUUUACCAGACAAUUAUGAAAUGGCCCUAAGAAGACUGAUAAACACAGAGAGGCGCCUAUUAAAAAGCCCCGAGUGGUACCUACCUCAUUUUCCUGUAGUACGACCGGACAGAGCCCCAACUAAAACUCGUAUAGUCUUCGAUGCUACAGUUAGAUACGAAGAAGUCUCCUAAAAUGACGUCAUUUAUUAAGGACCAAAGUUUCAGAGAGAUUUGAACGAUGUCUUACUCCGGUUCAGAAGAUACCCUGUUGCACUUAUCUGUGAUAUUGCUGGGAUGUACUUGAGAAUUGAAGUUGCGCCAAAGGAUCAAUUGUGUCAAAGGUUUCUGUGGAGAUCACUGGAUCAACGAUUGCUGAACCAAUUCGCUAUCUGAUGGCUUAUACUGGAACAAAGUGCGAGUACUGUGACUACGUGACUGGGGACGCACCUGAUUAUGACAAAAGCGGUUGGUUCUCGGUGAAAGAGACGUUAGGACUGCCCUUUCCGAACUUACCCUAUUACAUCGACGGGGAUGUGAAGUUAACACAGACGACAGCGAUUAUUCGGCACAUCGCCCGAAAGCACAAUCUAUGUGGAACCAGCGAAGAAGAGAUGAUGAGAGCCGAUGUAAUUGCUGCCGAGGCAGUGGACUUCAUCAAUGGAUUCAUAAAAUUCACUUAUUUCAGUCCAGACAUGGAAGGGGGAAGAGAAGCGUAUUUGAAUUCUUGCAAAGCGUUUCUUCAGCGUCACUCAGACUUCCUCAGCACGUAUCCUUACUUCACCGGCGAUCAUUUAAGUUUUGCCGAUUUCAUGAUGUAUGAAAUCUUGGAUCAACUACGAACCUUUGAGCCAUUAGCUCUUAAUCCAUUUCAAAACAUCAAGGACUUCAUGGCCAGAAUCGAGCGCAUUCCUGCUAUUAAAGAGUUCUUGGAGUCCGAGUACUUCCGUAAUCGACCAAUUAGCAACAAGAUGGCACAGUGGGGAACCAAGCCUAUUCCCCGUCAGUGAAAGAAAAUGAACGAUUUAUCAACAGACACGCUCAGAUGUGAUCACAAACGAGAAUAUCGUAGUUUGAUUUACUUGUCUUUGUUCACAAAUAAAAAUGGUGGUCUUUUCUAUA